UCCUGGACGAUCAAGACAGGCCCGACUGACAGGAGCAAGCCUCUCGACCGAGAAACGAAAGAAAGAAACCAGUGACAGUGCGAUAGAUACCCUUAAGUUGAUCAGACGAAACGUUUUUCCCUCCCUUCGAGUGUACACGUUGAGUAUUCCGAAGCCGCUACCCCGUCUUUUGACGAGGCCAAAACACGCCUGUGUUCCGUUGCUUACCUUUAAAAGGUCCCUCUGUUGUUCACGAUCAAUAAACAUGUUGCUCCGAAGAACAAUGCUCGAUUUCGUGGUGAUAGAAUUCCGAUCGAUACUCCCGGCGAGUGUGUGGAAUGUACCCGGCUACGUGGACAGCUACAGUAACCCGGUGGACGGGCUCACAAUCCACCCGGAACUGGACAAGUUCAAGAUCACCGGCGGCCAGGCUCCGUCGAUCGCCACCGGUUACUCGAUCGUCCACAAACGCCACAUGUGCGGCUUCUGCAAGAAGGUGUUCCCACUGAAGAAUCUGCUCAGGAGGCACGUGCAAUUCGGCUGCAAGAUGAACCCAAGGAACUCGCAAUUCGCCUGCUCGUUCUGCCCGUACAAGAGCACCUACAAGGCGAACAUGGAGAGGCACGUCAGAAAUGUUCACGAGACCGGCGUGCUCAAGUUCCGAUGCGACUUGUGCAACUUUCGCAGCAAUUACUCGUUUUGCGUGCGCAGGCACAUGAAGACGUUCCAUUGCGCGCCCGAUGCGAACGAGGCGAAACAGUAGAGGGUUGUUGGUUGAUCGGGGAAUGAUGACUGAACACCGUGUUCCUGGUGAUCGAAAUUAUACCGAUUCGAUGGUAGUAGAAUUCAUACAUCUUCCUUUCGCUAAUGAGAAGCAAAACGUGGGGAACAGAAUUUUCGAUGGAAAUGCGGGCUGUAUUAUUAUUUCGAUCCAAUCGAAAGAUAUCAUAUUCGCCUUGAUCGAAUUGUUAGUCGGAAAUUGAACUGCGUUGAAUAUCUUUGAGCCUCUGUGAAAGUAUUUCGUACUUUCUGCGUGUCAUAAGGGAAUAAUAGAUACUCGUUUAUAUUGCUUCAAUAAGAUGGCGAUGUUCCUUUUUUUUCGUGUUUAUUCCAGUUUCUUUCUCCUCUACGUACUCAACUAAUUUGAGUAUUGUUAGUGUAUAUCGGUAUCGGCCCGAUCACUAGUCACGCUUAGGUACGCACCAAGUACCUUCGAACUGGAACGUUUUUUUUUUUAGAAAUUCGGGUAUCGCGAGCGUUUAAAUUUCGGAUACACUGAAACUGUGAAUUUCAUACUCUUAGGAUCUCUCGUGUUCGUGUAACUGAAUAAUCGAGAAUCCUGAACACGACAACAAAUGCCGUAUAUUGAAGAUAUUCAGGUAUUUGAGAUUUCGAGUAUUCUGAUAUUUUGUGUGAGUAAUCCCAAGUAUCUGAGUAUCUGAGGCAUGUAUUGUAUACAUAGACUGUACAUACGCCACGCUGGCAUUCUAGUAGUCGAACAUUUAAAACAUGUUAAGUUUCAACGUGUCUCGGUGUAUUCGACUGCCUGGAAUCCUUCCAGGCAUCUCGAAUGUUCGAGACGAAAUCCAGGAAAAAUUGUAUUAUAUAUAGAAUGUUUUCGUAACCCAAUUUCGUUGAGAUUCAAAUGCGUAUGAAUUUUAUAUCUCAAACAGAAUUCCGUGCUUCCGCGAAGGGUUCAGUAUUAUAGUCCCUGACGGCUUCCGUUGCAAGCAUUGUUCAUCCCGAUUCACUGUAACACACACACACACACACACACACGCACGCACGAAACUGAUUAAUUAAAUCAGAAUCAAUAAAACGAACCGAACUGAGGUUAACCGAUUAACCGUAUAGAAUAACUGCGCCGUAAUCGACGAGCAAGACCGUUUGUAUGUAUUUUAUAACAGGUAAUUCGUAGCGUGUACUCGAAUCGUAUACACUGUAGACAUUCUAAUCGGCCAUUGAUCCGCGCGUUUAGGUGCUUUGUAAAUCGCAAACCGAGAAUGUAAUAAAAUGAUUCGAUACGUUUCAAUAGGAUAAUUGCGAUCGUGUGUUUCCUUGGACCUCGAUCGGCAGAGAACGGAGCGACGUUAUAACCCAACGACACCAGACGAUUCUAAUUAAAACUCAUGGUUGACAGAAAUCCAUAUAUUUCCCAUAAUCUUAAGUCACAGUCGAUGAAAUUUUUAAACGGUACCAAUUACAUAUCGGAUAUCGUUUAUAACCAAGAAAACGAAGAAUAAGUAUAUAACAGAUUUUCCAACGAAAGAAUGAAAUAUUCCAUAGAAAUGUCAAUGAAAACAUGAUGUAUCUUGGCGCUCUUCUCAAAUGUACAAAGAAGCGAUGUGCUUUUUGCUGCUGAAAUGGUUAAACGAGGUGCUACACGAUCUUUCCAGGUGGUUUCCGACGAUGAUUCGCUAAGGAGGAGCAGCGUUGUUAUGGCCUUUCAAGACCGUCUACGUGUUCGAUCCCGCGGGCAGAGCCGCUGCAGGGAACGAGCAAUCACAGCCGCACGACCAGAAACGCGGAACCAUCGACGCCCGGGAAAGGAGUUUCGUUUGCGCGGACUGCGGCAA